AAUCUCGAAACUCUUUAGCUCUCUUUUUUAUGCUGCGUCUUUUGACAGAAUAAAAAAGCAAUAAUUGUCAUCAAAAUGUUUAGAUAAUUUUACCAAAAUAUUGUGUUCUCUUCAAAAAUGUAGGUUCAAUGUGACCAACAAUAAACAUAAGAGAAAUGUGGUUGAAUCCUAAUGGUUGGUAAACUUGGAAAGACAAGGAGCAACGAUUGCUCCUGUCGCAUUGGACGGAUAUGUUCAGCUUGCAAACAUAAAACUGUUGUAAGGCCUCAAAUUUCAGUAGAAAAACCAAGAAACCUUCCAGUGCCGAUAACCAUUUCGUAUUACAACCCAUCUAAUCCAAAUUAUCCAAAAGAAAGAGAAACAGUUGUUUAUUUUCUACCGAAAUCCAUGAGAUGGAGAUCAAGGAGGAAAGUGUAUGAACCGUAUCCAUCAAAGAGAUUGACUCCAAUUUGUAGAUGGUACAGACGUCGUCGCGCUCUAAAUAAAUUAGCGAAAGAACACGAAAAAGAAUUAGCAGCUAUAGAGAAAAGGAAACAAAAGGAAUUUGAAGAAGAACGUUUAAAUGAUUUCAUACGAUGGGAACAACUUAAGAGUAAAAAGACGCAGUAUAUACCACCUCCAAAGCCUAUCGAUUCUUUGCAAUAUAUUCCACCACCAACACCUAUCGUUCCAGUCCGAAAAUUUUCCUUACCCAAGCCGAGGGAGAGAGUAUUUUACAUCAAAGAAACUCCUAAAGAACCUGUAAAAAAAUACAAAGCCCCAAAAAGUGUAAAACCGAUGAAAAAAUGCAAAGCAUCAAAAGCUGUUACCGUCAGAAAAUUCAAUCAUAGACAGUCGAUAACGAACAAAUUCGUCAAUUGCUGCUACAGAAUCUGUUGUCAAUUCUAUUGCUACCUUACCUGUAUUAUAUUUAUAAUAUUCUCAGUUAUUUGCCUUAUAUAGAGAUUAUUGCAAGACUUAAAAAAUAUAUUUUAUAUUACAAUGUUGUUUAAAUAAAACAAAGGUGUGAUAUAAUAUU